GAGCUCCCUGAAGAUGUUUGGCUCAUAUUGCUUAAAAAUGUCUGGACAUUUGUUGUUUAAUUGCUGAAGCUUUCCUACCACUUGCUUUUUUCCUGAAGUCUUAAUCUUUUGUGGAAUCGAAAUUGGCUACUAUGGAAUCAAGGCUAAGUAAAACCUGAGAAGAUACAUUCAAGAUGAUCCAGCCAGAAGACUUUUCACUUCAUAGAAAGCUUAUUUUUGUUUAAUAUGUAAUACAACUCGCCAAAGCCAAGUUCAGUUACUUCUCUUGAAAUUAAGACACGCCUGUGGCCUUCAUCAGAAAUGUUUCUAACGUUUUCAAGAAAAAAUAUGUCCCAGAAACUGAGUAUGUUUUUACUAGUUUUUGGCAUCAUUUGGGGCUUGAUGUUGCUACGCUACACUUUUCAGUAUCCAAGGCGCCAAAGCAGUGCUGAGUUGCGUGGACAGAUAUUAGAUCUCAGUAAAAGAUAUGUCAAAGCACUGGCAGAAGAAAAUAAAAAUUUAAUGAAUGGUGGUGGUGGAGCAUCUAUGGCAGGAUAUGCUGAUCUUAAGAGAACAAUUGCUGUUCUUCUGGAUGACAUCUUACAACGCCUUGUGAAAUUGGAAAACAAAGUUGAUUACAUUGUUGUGAAUGGCUCAGCAGCAAAUGCCACUAAUGGAACUAGCCAUCAGGUGCCAGUAACUUCAAAUAAACGUGUAAAACCAGCAAGCAACAUUAGAUAGCAAACAGGGCCCAUUUGUGUUGCUGUAUCUGUGAUGGGUAAUAUUUAAGAUAAGCUUUUUAUCUCUGGCAAAGCAGUAGUUGACUCUCAAAGAAACGCAAACU